AUGACUUCACAAACUACCACAAAACAAACCAUUCCCACAGAGCCGGAAAUAGCGCAGGAACCUAAAACUUGUGUUUGUUAUACCACUCCAUUAAAAACAACCCUAGAACAAACAACUUUAACAAAGCAGGAUACAACACAGGAGACAACACAGAAGCCUACCCCUUCUGAUUUUCCUACCACUUCAACUACAUCAAAAACAACCCUAGAACAAACAACUUCAACAGAGCCGGAGACGACACAGGAGACAACACAGGAGUUUACCACUUCUGAUUCUCCUACUACUUCAACUACAUCAACAACAACCCAAGAACAAACAACUUCGACAGAGCCGGAGACAACACAAGAGACAACACAGGAGUUUACCACUUCUGAUUCUCCUACCACUUCAACUACAUCAACGUCUCCUACCACUUCAACUACAUCGACAACAACCCAAGAACAAACAACUUCAACUGAGCCGGAGACAUCACUGGAGACAACACAGGAGUUUACCACAUCUGAUUCUCCUACCACUUCAACUACAUCAACAACUCCUACCACUUCAACUACAUCGACAACAACCCAAGAACAAACAACUUCAACAGAGCCGGAGACAACACAAGAGACAACACAGGAGUUUACCACUUCUGAUUCUCCGACCACUUCAACUACAUCAACAACAACCAAAGAACAAACAACUUCAACAGAGCCAGAGACAACAUAGGAGACAACACAGGAGUUUACCACUUCUGAUUCUCCUACCACUUCAACUACUUCUGAUUCUCCGACCACUUCAACUGCAUCAACAACAACCAAAGAUCAAACAACUUCAACAGAGCCAGAGACAACACAGGAGACAACACAGGAGUUUACCACUUUUGAUUCUCCUACCACUUCAACUACAUCAAAAACAACCCCAGGACAAACUACUUCAACAGGGACAAACUACUUCAACAGGGCCGGAGACAAAACAGGAGACAACACAGGAGCCUCUCUCUUUUUAUUCUCCUACCACUUCAACUACAUCAACAACAACCCAAGAACAAACAACUUCAACAGAGCCGGAGACAACACAGGAGACAACACAUGA